AAAAAAGAUGGAACUAGAAUAAGGGUAAUAUUUCCCCCUCUAAUUCAAAAAUAAAAAUAGUGUGGUAAUUUUGUGUGGUAUGUAUCUCCCCCUUAUCCCAUUAAGAAAAAAAAGCCUCUUCUGUUUCUCCCUCAAAGCAGCCGAGGAGUGACCCGCUAGCUGAAGCAGCCGCAUGUGAGAAGCCGCUGAAGUGAGAAGCCGUCACCCCCGCGUCGCCGACCGCCGUCACCCCGCUCUCUUCUCCGCCGUCUAGCAAGCCGACGCUCAGCCUCCCCUCCAAUUUCUAGAUGCAGAAUAUGGAUCGUACUUGGAUGUAUGAAAGACUUUAUCCAGGGAGAAAAGGGUUGAAAACUGAAUUCAUUGAAGGGGUGAAAGAAUUCGUUAGAAAAGCAAAGGAACUUCCACAAUUUUUAUCAGAGGGAGGGAUUCGAUGUCCAUGUGUGAAAUGUGAAUGCAUGAACAUAUUAACCCCCCUGAAGUGGAUAAGAGAUGCGGCUUGGAAAGAACUUACUGAAUAUUGGGAUUCACCAGAAUUUCUUGCAAUAUCGGCUCGAGCAAAGGCAAACCAAGCAUCAAAGAAGGGUGGGGCACUUCACACAACUGGACCCAUUCCCCAUGUUGAGGUUGCAGAGAAUAUGGCUAUUGCUCUUGAUCGUCCGGUAGACCCUGACGAGUUGGUUUGUUUCACUCGACGACAUACGGAUGGUAGUUGGAUUGACGACCGCUCAAAGGAGAUAUAUGACAAGUACCAAGAGGCUAUCCACGACAUUUCAUCCGAAGCUGUGGACUCCUUGACAAAGUUACAAACAUGGUGUGAUACUGUUGGUGGCAAAAACCAUAGCUGUGUAUGGGGUACAGGAGGUCUCUCUUCUACCUUUUCUCGUGCAGGAGCAUCAACUUCUUUUUACACAUCUCAAAAUGUCAAACUUGGAGCUUCUGAUGCAUCGAACAAUGAAUGGAAAAAAGAGAUGGAAGAAAAAUAUGAACUCCAAGGUGAUCAAAUUGAAAGGCAAGAGGAAGAAUUAGCUUACCUUCGAACUACCUUGAAAGAUGUACUUCAACGCCUUGCAGUUGUGGAGGGAUCUGCUGCACCUCCGUCAUCGACCCCGGCUUCUCAUCCACACUACAAUGAUGAGCGGGAUGAACAUGAAUUGAUUGAUUAGUAUGUUUCCACUUGGGAGCUUCAAUGAAGCGUGCAUGGUAUAUUUUGCUAUCCUUAUCGAUACUUGUUGGUAAUCUUUUAUUAGAUUUAGUUUUGUAAGGUAUUGAGGAUGACUUGUGACUUCUUGAAAACUUAUUUAGAAAUCCUUUAUGUAUUCUGACCUU